GCCCUAAUAAACCGUACCACAGCUGUGAUGAAGCAGGCGCGAAGAAAAUACUACACAAGCUUUAUAGAAGAGAACAGCCAUGACCAACGCAAGCUGUUCAAGUCCAUAAAGACACUGUUCGAUCAGGACACAGACCUGUCUUUCAAUGGAUAUCAUGAUAACAAUAUAUUAGCAAAUGAUAUUGGGAAAUUUUUCAUGCAGAAGAUAGAGCGCAUUCGCACUAAACUUGAUGAAGCCGCUACUGACUCUACUCUAACUCCGCAGGAACCCAGUACUUGUUCGGCUCGUUUUGACUCCUUUAAAACUCUCAGUGAUGACGAUGUCAUGCGCUUAAUUGCGAAAUCAAGCAAGAAUUCUUGCUCGUUAGAUCCUAUGCCCACCCCCUUGUAG